GACUGCUUGUUAUAGAAGAAUUUCAUAUAAGGUGUAAAAUGGAGAGACAACAUUGAUUUAAAAAACAUAUAAUUAGUUCUGUUGUUUGAGAGUCCUUAAAAACAAAAUAUUCUUUUCUUAAUUUUCUUGAAUAGAUCAACAAUGGGAACGAAGAAAAAGAAACUGGAUAUGCUUGGAGCCACUGGACAUCUAAAUUUGCAAAGUUCGGAUGUUUUAAAAUUGACAAUGUCAAGUUAUGAGAAGCAAAGGCUAGAAAGGAUAGAGCUUAAUGCUGCAAAAAUGAAAGCUUUAGGACUAGAGGAAAAAGCUAGGUUGCUUUUAAAGAGACAUUCAGAGUUGAAUAAUCAGAAAAAAUUACAAAACAAAAAAGGAAAGAAGGCAUUGGAGGGAGCUGAAGAGCAUAGACCUAAUAACAAUGUUCAUGAUGGGAAAGAACUAGAUGCUUCAGAUGCUAUUAUAGAUGACAAGGAUUUGAACAAUGCCAUACCCCAGACAAUUGUGAGAAAGAAUGAACUCAAGACUUCAGGUUCACGAGUAGCUGAAGAUAAUGAUGCAGAGGCUACCAUUGAUUCACUGUUUCAUUCUAAGAAUGAGAAACGACGUCGACUAUGCCUUUUUGGAAGAGGUGUUUCUUACACUUCAUUGAAGCAACAAGCUAUUCAAAAAGAGUGUGAAAAGAAAUAUCAACAAAAAGAUCAACCAACUGGAGGUGCUGAAACUAGUAAAGAAACUAUGAUCCAUUCUUCUUCUUCCGAUUCAACACAUGUGCCAAAUCAUGAUCAUCUAGCAUCUCCAAAUGUGCUGAACCCUGAGGGAACACAAUUCAUGGAUGAUGAUAUGUUUUCAUGACCAGUUGAUUAUGUCAAGACAUGAUGUGUUUUUUUUGUUUUUUGCUUUGCUUCUAGAGUGAUAGCAUAACACUAAAAACUUGUUGGUGUU